GGAGGUGAAGCCCUAACCUGCCAGUGCAUUAAUCUCCUGAGUGCAGGACGGGACCGAGGUUGGGACAGAGCAAGUCUGAGAGGCGUGACAGUUCUGUUUCAACCAGGAUGCAGCCAAGCCAGGGACUGAGCUAAUGAACCAGCAGAAGGAGGGAGGAAUGACCCACACUUUCGGGGAGACUGCCUCAGCUUUUCACUGGAUCAAACGUGCUAACUGUGUAGGGAAAAUGAUUGGCUUAUGAUGCGGUGGAACUGUGGAUUUUAUUUUUCCGUUUCUUUCACUGGUGCUGUGAACUGGGAGGAGGAUGUUUGUCUUUACGUGCGAGAGUAAGGCGAGAGUGUCUUGAAUUACACUGAGAUACUGAACCGCUUGCAGCAGGCUUGGGUUACCCAGGAGCUGUCAACUUGCCAAAGGGAAAGUAAUUUCAGUAACAACAGGGCAAGGUUCAAAAGUUUUAUCAGUUCUGUGGAAAUGUUGUUUCUUGUUAGUGGGCAGGUCGAAAGAUGAGAGGUGAGAUAAGUGAGAUAUAUAAACAGGUGUGUUUGUCUUUGUCCAUUAAAUAGAGAAACAGAAGACAGCUUAGCUUUGUUCACCUUGUAGAGAUGUUUAGUCCGUCUGCAUUCUACUUUUUCCAAUGACCGUAAACUACUUGUAAAGCUAUGGAAUAGUAUAUAUUCAGGUUUAAUAGGUGUUUGAAUAGCAUGUAAAACCUGAAGAAAACUUGAAAUCUUUGACUUUGAAGAGGCAAACCUGCCAGCGAGACUUUCGAUUCUUUGACAAGCUGAUGGUAAAUUUCACCCCCUUUGACUGCAAACUCGAAAGGAAAACAAACCACACCAAAUGAAACCUGCGACUCAAGUCAAGUGGAUACUCUACACUGGUCUCAUCUAACCUCUUGGGAUUCUGACACAAAGCUUGAGGAUGGAAGAUAAAUAACUAAUUAGCAGAACCAUCUGUUGACCUAGCAGAGGAGGACAGUUUUGAGAAACCAACACACUUCCAUCAGGUGGAUCAUGUAUGUGCUGUGCACCCUGCUGGUGCUGACCCUCCACAGUCUCUUCAAGAACUGCCACAAGGCCCUGGAGUCGAGGACCAGCCCGCCCGGGGACGGAGGCUCUUCUGUGGGGCAGGGCGUCCCCGGGGUUCGGAAGCAUGGAAGAGGUUUGACCCUCGAGAACAAAAGGAAGGCUGUGGACCGGCGUGGGCUGGCUAGCUGCAGGCCUGAAGGAGAGCAGGGAAGAGGAGACAGCUUGCAUAACGUCCCUGACAGCAGAAAACAAGUGCAGCCGGUCCAGCGGUCCAGCGCUCUGCUCAGCCCGGCGGUCAUGUUCGGAACAAGAAAGACUUGGGAUCUCGGCCACGCCCCCUGCCUGCAGGAGCUCUGGAAGAAAGACAUCUCAUUGGAUGCGAGCUCAGUGGACUUCCUGAUGAGUGAUGGUGAGGAGGACGGCUCCUUCUUGUCUCUGCCGACCACUGCCUUCUCGCAGCGCCCCUCUCUGACUGCCGAGCUCACAGAAGCAAACACCCCCAGCCAGCAGCUGCUAAUUCAGAAGGUCACCUGGUCUUACUGCUGGACUGCUGCCCAUACUCUGCAGCAGAAAGUGUGUGAGUUCCAGGCCCGCCUGCGCAGUGAAGAAGUCACCAGGCAUUUGUUGCUCCAGCAGCUGCAGCAGAGUCAGGAGCAGAGUGUCCAGGAGAAGACCAGCGCCAUCCAGGAGGAGCUGCUGUUUGCCUCGCACAACGGUGUGAGGGGGUUACAGCCCGGUGAGAAGCCAUCUGAGUGUCUCAGUUGUCCAGAGGGUGAGCAGCUCAUUACUCAGCUGCGCACACAGGUGGAGGAGCUGGAGGAGAAGCUGUUGGAUCAGACCCAGGAGGUGGAGAGACUGCGCUCUGAGCUGGGGGCGACAGACCUGGAGAAGCACCUGGAGCUGCUGGUGGUUGAGAAUGAGCGGCUGAAGCAGGAGCUGAAGUCAUGCCAGACCUCACUGCUUCACACCCAGGAAUCUCCAGCCUCCUCCAGCUGCACUGACUGCCCCCAUAGCCAGGAUGUGGAAGCCCUGCGGGGGGAGGUGUCUCGCUGGGAGAGCCAGGCCCGGCAGAGGGAGCGGCGCCUGGCUGAACUGGAGCGAGAGCUGCUGGAAAAGGCUGCCAAGAUCGAGAGUGUCCGCAAGCAGCUGGAGGAGACGACACAGCAGCUUGGCAAAAGCCAGAGGCAGCUGGAGGAGUCAAAGCAUCAGCGGGGGGAGGUGGAGCACAAGCUUGGCCUCCAGCUCCGGGAGUGUGAGGAAGAGUUGGCCCGACAGGCAGCCACAUCCUCUGUGGUUAAGUAUGUAACUCAGACAGUGGAGGUACAGUCACCUGAGACUCAGAAGACGUUGGCUGAGAUGCAAACCAAGAACGCCGCCCUUCAGGAACAGCUGGCAGUGCAGCGGCAGCUACUGAGAGAGUUGGAAACACAACUGCAUGAGUCCCAAAGGACCUGUGCUCAGCUCCGCACACAGCUGCUUAAGGACCGAGGCCGUCUCUAUGGCCUGCUCACCAAGGCUGUCGGCAGGGGCAAUGGCGAGGUCAUUCGCAGGUUGUCCAAGAUCCUGGUGUAUGAAGGGGAGAUGGAGAGGGCCCAGGGCCAGCUGGAGGCUGAGAUGCAGAACUUGGAGGAGGAGAAGAACCGUGUGAUUGAGGAAGCCUUCAUCAGAGCUGAGAGCGAGAUGAAAGCUGUGCACGAGAACCUGGCAGGGGUUCGUAUGAACCUGCUGACCCUGCAGCCUGCUCUACGCACUCUGACCUGUGAUUAUAACUGUCUGAAGAGACAGGUGCAAGACUUUCCUUUCAUGCUGGACAAAGCCAUUGCAGAGGCAAAGCAAGAGAUCUGCCAGGUGAUCAGUGAGGUGAGCAGUGCUAACCAGGAGCUGCUGCGGAAAUACAAGAGAGAGAUGAACCUGAGAAAAAAAUGCCACAAUGAACUGGUGCGCCUCAAAGGUAACAUCAGAGUGUUCUGCCGAGUGCGGCCGGUGAGUCAGGAGGAGCAGGAUUCUGCUGAGGCCAAAAACAUGCUCAGCUUCGACUCCGAGGACGACGCCGUCCUCUACCUGUCCAACAAGGGCAAAAUAAUGACCUUUGAACUUGACAAAGUCUUCCCACCUCAGGCCACACAGGAAGAGGUGUUUCAGGAAGUCCAGGCUUUGGUGACUUCGUGCAUUGACGGCUUUAAUGUGUGCAUCUUUGCCUAUGGGCAGACAGGCUCAGGGAAGACUUACACUAUGGAGGGAGUGGCUGAGGACCCAGGCAUCAACCAGCGAGCUCUCCGCCUGCUCUUCUCCGAGGUGACGGAGAAAGCUCCUGACUGGGACUACAAGAUCACAGUCAGCAUGGUGGAGAUUUACAAUGAGACUUUACGAAACCUGCUGGGUGACAACCCCAGUGAGAAACUGGACAUCAAGAUGAACCCGGAUGGCAGCGGGCAGCUGUAUGUCCCUGGACUCACUGAAUUCACUGUCCAGAGCCCAGAGGACAUCAACAGAGUGUUUGACCUGGGUCACAUGAACCGAGCGACAGCCUGCACCAACCUGAACGAGCACAGUUCUCGCUCCCACGCACUCCUCAUCAUCACUGUGGCCGGCUUCAACUCUGCCACUGGACACCGCACACAAGGGAAGCUGAACCUGGUGGACCUGGCCGGCUCCGAGCGGAUCGCCAAAUCUGGGGCGGAGGGCAGCCGACUGAGAGAAGCCCAGUGCAUCAACAAAUCACUGUCAGCCCUCGGCGACGUCAUCAACGCCCUGAGGAGCAAACAUUCCCAUGUCCCGUUCAGGAACUCCCGCCUCACGUACCUGCUGCAGGACUCCCUGAGCGGAGACAGCAAGACGCUGAUGAUGGUGCAGGUGUCUCCUUUGGCCAGCAACAUGAGUGAGUCAGUGUGCUCGCUCAAGUUCGCCCAGCGUGUUCGCACCAUCGAACUGGGCUCCUCCUCGUCCUACAGGAGGCAUGAAAACUCCUCAACCUCCUCCUCACCCACUCAUGACAGUGUCGAGCUGGACUCUCCUCCGGUGACCCCGGUGCCGCUCCCCAUCUCUCGAGCCAGCAGUGCCGGCUCCACCCUGUCCUCCACCUCCAGGACGCCCAGCACACGCAGGAGGUCCCAGUCGCAGCUUUCCACAGGACGACUGAAACUGACCGCCUGACGUCCGCAGCGGCGCCGCCUGCAUUACAGCGAAGGAUGAAGCCGUCAGCCCACUUGGACUGUGUGACCGCGGGGUGUCGGCCAGCACCCUGACCCACCACCGAGGCUCUUCUUCUGGGAAGGUGCAGCGGCUCCCCCUCCUCUCUGCUUUCACCCUCCACAGCUGCUGACUGUAGCAGGACGGCAGCUGCGACGACAACGGGAUGAUGUGUGUCAAAGAGCGAUGGGAGCUUUCCAUACAGCAACUUCUAAUCUCUAAUAAUCUCAUCUCUGUCAUCUCCUCUCCCCGCGCUCCCCUCACAUCUGAGAGACUGGCUCAUCAGUCCUUGUCCUGCUCAUGCUGACGUGGGCGGCAGAGGGAACACUUCAGUAAAUGACCACUUCAGCUCUCCUCACUGCCCAGAACCACCCGGACAGCCCUCCUCAUGUCUGGACUGUGACCCUCAUGGUUAUUGGAUAAACUCUGCAAACCCCAAGUGACUCAAUACCAUACGUAGUGUACUAACUUCUCAUGAUGAAUCUCCUCGAGGCAGUAUAUACUUUCCAAUCACAGUAUUUUCUUUUUUCCUUUUUUUUUUUUUUGGUAAAGUUGCACUUUAAACUUAAUUUUCUAACAUACUUCUCAAGACAUGAUUGAUUAUAAUAUGCAUAAACCAGUAUAUAUUUAUGUGUUUGAUAGGCUUUAAUCCUUAUUUUGUUUUGCUUUUUUUUUUGUUUUUCAAAUGGAUGCUGUCUCAGUUUUUGUUUUUUUUUUUGCAGCAUUCCUUUAUCCAAUCAGGGUACUCAGAUGAUACCUAGCUGGGUGUUUUCUGUCCAAUAGGACAUGAGCAAUAUAAGCAGACAAAAGCUACUCCAGUGUACAUGUUUGUGUUGUAGAUUAGCGUUCUCGAGCAAGGCAAGAGCACUGCAUGGAAACAUUUCUGUUCCCGGUGAUGUCGUUCUCCCAGUCGGAGCAAAUGAAGCUGCAAGACAGCAAAGUGAAGCCUCUGCAGCUCCCGAUGUCACCUGACCCUUUUGUCCUCGGUGUGCUCCUGCUGUCUCCUCGUCACCUCCUGUACAGAAAACCCACGCCACCACAGGUGACCUUUGACCUCAGACACGACAAACACAUGUAGCUGUUAACCUGGUGCUGAGCUGUGAAAUAACACAGGAGGAUCAACUAACCCCUGUUGUAAAUAGGAAUGCUUAGGAAUACAAUUGACAGUGGAAUUUGCCGGUCUUCUGUGUUUAAUCUCAUGUUCACUCUGAUCCGUGAGGAACAAUAAUGUGUCUGCUUGCUUGUCUUUGUUGUCGUAGAUUUCUACGGUCUUGUUUUUGUAUACCCUUUUUAAUAAACUCUCCAAACCAAAUGGACA